UCAGCUGGAGCGCACGCUGCUUUAUUAUCAUGUCUUAGUUUAAACAGCACGAGAGAUGCGCGUCUUCCUCCUAUCAAAACAGCAGCGUGUACUUAAAGAGUAGAGCUAGGCCUAUUUGUGGACAGUAAACGGAGCUGCACACCAGCCAGCAGUUUAUUUUGACGACUGUCUGACGUUAAUUUGGGAUUAAAAUGGUCAUCAAGGUUUACAUCGCCUCCUCAACAGGCUCUAUCGCGAUAAAAAAGCAUCAGCAGGCAGUCGUGGGUUUCCUGGAGGCCAAUCAGAUAUGCUUCCAGGAAGUAGAUAUCACCAUGCUAGAGGAGCAGCGGCUCUGGAUGUACCGUAACAUCCCCCGGGACAAACAGCCGGAGAAAGGCAAUCCACUGCCACCACAAAUCUUCAAUGAGGAUCACUACUGUGGGGACUAUGAAGACUUUUUCCAGUCAAAGGAGAACAACACUGUGUUUGCAUUCCUCGGGCUCAGUUCCAAACCCUCAGUGAAAGAUUCUGAGUCAUAAAUGAAGUUACUGGUAUGUGAAGUCAUGGGGAUAAGAGCUGCACCACUCCCUGUGUUACAUCGCCUCCUCUUCUCUUCCAUGUUCUUUCUGCGUGGAUGCCAGCAUGCUGCCAAACAUCACUCCACAUGGAUUUCACCUUGUAUGACCAAUCCUGACUCUUUAAACAAUAUUCCACCAUUGUUUAAGUCUCCAAGAAGAAUCUGAUGAGUCUCCAAGAGGCCAAAGAGACAGAAAAAAGGGGAUAACUUAACACUAAUGGACAGCGUGUGAAUUUGUGUUUCCUUUUCAUGUCAUGCUUGAUACACUAUGACUGACAAUACUGUUUCAAAAUGCAGUAGCAGGAAUUCUUUGUAAAGUAGAGGAUGAAUAUGUAGCAGCUUUUGCAUCAGUAGACUAAUUGUUUUGAGAGAGUCGGACCAGGGAGAAAUGACACCUGUAUAGUGUGUGCGUGUGUGUCUGUGUGUGUGUGUGUGUGUGUGUGUGUGUGUGUGUGUGUGUGUGUGUCAAUCAGCAGAUGUUAAUGAGGGCUGUGUUAAGUGAGGGGACCUGAGAGGCAGCACUUAAUGCAACUUGAAACAACCCUGCGUGCCUAGCCUUUACGUCUGGAUCUGUGUGUGUGUGUGUGUCACAGAGGAGAUAUUGCAACCUACCACAAAGCAGAUAUGGCCAAAUGCUUAGAGCCCUAAUUUUAGGGAUAAUAAAAUAUAUACACCACCAUAGCCAGCAGUCAUUCUUAAAAUAUGUAGUAACUGCCAUCAUUAAAACAUACCUUUCAUACUGCCAAACCAGUUUAAUUAAUCAUGGCUGCUGUAGAAAGAAAGCCUGGUUGCAGUAGAGCCAUAUGGGCUGUAGGAUCACACCAUACAGAUUAUUAUCUAAGGCUUAUCUGACAGAGGGUCUAGGAGAUAAGAAAUUAUUGCUCAGGGAUAACCGAGUGGCAAAGCUCCCAACCUCUGCACACCAGACUGCCCUCUGUGUUUUACAUGUUAUAAAAUGAACAGUUUGAUAGAUUUUGGCCAACUCUUACUUCGUCCUGCAGUCUGUUUUCUACGGUGUUUCUCCCACACAUCAACACUAAGCAUUUUCUCUUUAUGUCUCCCCAAUUAAAUUAUCAUGGGUGGGUGGUUGACUAAUUCCUUUAUGUUUACACAUGAAGGACACACACAUAGAUGCAUUCCCUAUUAGCCAUGAUGUGCUAAAUGCUGUGCCAUGUUGUGAAAGGACAUAUAACCUUUACUUCAAAUUUCUAUCACUGCUGAAACAGACAAAAUUCCUGUUUUGCUGACUUCUAUCCUCAUUUAUUGUGAAAUUGUUUUUGUCAAUGGUUGCUAAUCUGGUGGAUGACAAACUGACUAAAUGUACUAAUGUUGCACCACUCUGCUUGGGACUCUACUGUGUCUAUCUGUAUGUGUAUAACGCAACAAAGCAGAUUACAGUGUUUAAAGAAUGUUUGCCUAAGUAUGUUUCAUGUGCAAAUUGUUUAAAGUUAUACACUUAAACACAUUGGUGUCUGAAGUCACAGUUUGAACAGCAGGUGGAAAUAUAAAAGUUGCCACCUGUAUCUGGAAAGGAUCAAUCUGAAAACCCUUUGUAUUGGUGGUGAGGAGGCCAUUCCCUUAAUUGCCAACUGAACAUAUACCCUCACUGGCAACUUCAUUAGGUACACCUGUGUGAUCUAAUUCAAUCUAAUACAAUAGCUCUGCCUAAAUUACAUUUUAAAGAAUCUUAUGCAUGUUCAGUUUUUGUUGACAUUAUCGGAAAGGUGAUAAUUCACCUCAGUGUUCAUUAUUGAGGUCAUAGUGAAUGGUGCGGGUGUACUGGAGUACAGUAUAUUGAAUGGUGUUUCUAAUAUUUUGUCUACCCUAUUAACUAACAUAAAUGACAUAACAUAAUGGGAUGGAUGUUAAUGUUUCAUAACAUUGAGGUUAAUUAUCACCUUUCUGAUAAUGUCAACAAAAACUGAAAAUGUAUAAACUUCUUUAAAGUAGAAUUUAUGGCAGAGCUGAUGUAAUGGAUUUAAUUAUAUUGCGCAGGUGUACCUAAUGAAGUGGUCAGUGAGUGCAUAGCCUAUUUAAAAGGGUCUGUGUUUAUGUGGCAUCAUGUUGACAUAUAGCUAUAGAAUCAGAAUGAACUCAGUGGAUGGACACCAGCACUUUGGACUAACACUUGCGCAACAGUUUGGAAAACUGUAAAAGGAUGUUGGACACAAAAACAGAUAACAGAGACAGGAGUGGGAGAAAAAAAAUGUGUAUGUUAAAAGGCAGACUUACAGUUUAGCGACAUGAAAAAAGUUAGAAGUUAAGCCAGACAAAUCAAAUGUAAAAACAAAACCAACUAACAAACAAAAAAACAGGCAAUGUGCCACCAGAGCAAGACUGGGAACAUAUGGAAACAAAGACAAGCAGAGGGUAUAUGUAUGAAUAGUCCACCAUACAUUUGGGGGCUAAGUAAGGUGGAGUAGGAAACACUGCAGUGGUACUUAUUGGACAGGUGAGAAAUGGGGGACCAGAAGUUGAUGACAAAUGCGAAAAGACCAAACAGAGCAAGUAGAGGCAGAAAAAGAGGAUAGCGCAGAAAAAUUAUUCAUAUAACUGUGUUAUAGUGGAAUCAUUUUUAAAGUUGCUCUAAUCACUUUUUUAAAAUCAACAAUGGAUGAAAUGACAAUGCAUAAUGUAAAAUGCCUUUUAAUAAAGUGACAAACUGGGAGUAAGCAGUUCGCCUCACCUCUGUGGAACUUUUCAGCUCACUGUUUUGGUUUUCUGGCAAGCAUCUUUAAUGUUUAGGUUUAGUGUCUCUGCUUGCGUUAUUCUGUCCAACAGCACAGCACAGCUGUAUUCAGAAAACAAAAUCUGAUAAACCUACUGCACGCCAACUGCCAAGUACCAAAAAACGCAGAAAAAGCUAGCAACUAGAUGGUGUGACGACCCUCUCUAUGCCAGACUCUCCCUGCAUGAGCCUGGUAGGUAGAGUUUGGUUGUCAGAGAGAUUCAGCUCACAUGGACUGACUGGCUUUUAUAUCAGCUGAUGGCAGUCAGCCAUUUGCUUGCUUUCCUGUGGCUUGUUUUGGUUGUGUUUGGUUUCAUUUCCCUUUUGGUCUUGUAAAAUAAACCUAUUUUUAGUUAAAACUCAUGUGUGGCCUCCCCUUG